GCCGGGCAGCGCAGCUUCACGCGCACAGUUUUGGAGCAGGAGGGCGAACUGAGGAACAGCAGCUCUGCGCACGUGUGUCCACUUGUUCUCCGUCUUCAGUUCUCACGGCGUCUCCACUCUGCAUGAUGGGCUCCGUGCUGCCCGCCGACACCUUGACUCUUAAGUCUGGAUUUAAGUGCCCCGGUCGCGCGCUCUCGGACGUGAUCACCUCGGACAUCCUGCACAGUUUCCUGUACGGCAGGUGGAGGAACGUGCUGGGCGAGCACCUGGCUGAGGAGCGGCACAGCGCCAGCGUCAGCACAAAAACCGCCUUCACGGCUGAAGUCCUGGCCCAGUCCUUCGCUGGAGAAGUGCAGAAGCUGUCCAGCCUGGUUCUGCCCAGCGAGGUGAUCAUCGCUCAGAGCUCCAUCCCUGGAGAAGGUCUGGGCAUCUUCUCUAAGACAUGGAUCAAAGCAGGGACUGAGAUGGGGCCCUUCACGGGGAGACUCCUUUCCCCUGAACACGUGGAUCUACUCAAGAACAACAACCUCAUGUGGGAGGUGUUCAACGAAGACGGAACGGUGCGUUACUUCAUCGAUGCCAGCCAGGAGGACCAGCGCAGCUGGAUGACUUACAUCAAGUGCGCCCGGAAUGAGCAGGAGCAGAAUCUGGAGGUGGUGCAAAUCGGCAGCAGCAUCUUCUACAAGGCUGUGGAGACUAUUCCACCAGACCAGGAGCUUCUUGUCUGGUAUGGAAACACACACAACACCUUCUUGGGAAUUCCCGGAGUUCCAGGAACUGAUGAAGAACAUCACAAGAAAAACAGAAAUGACGACUCUCACGCCCUUGAUGGAUCUUCCUCCUCCUGCUCUCCCUCUUCUUCCUCCUCCUUCUCCUCCAACACCACCACCAGUGGGCGGAUGCGCUGCGUCAUUUGCCACCGCGGCUUCAACUCCCGCAGCAACCUGCGCUCUCACAUGCGCAUCCACACUUUGGACAAGCCGUUCGUCUGCCGCUUCUGCAACCGCCGCUUCAGCCAGUCGUCCACACUGCGCAAUCACGUGCGCUUACACACCGGCGAGCGGCCUUACAAGUGCCACGUGUGUCAGAGCGCGUACUCGCAGCUUGCGGGCCUCAGGGCGCACCAGAAGAGCGCGCGGCACAAGCCGGCGUCGCCCGGCGUGGCAGACGCGGCGCCUCAAGCGUCUCCUCCUCCCCAGCAGAUGACUGCCAGGGCGCACCAGAUGCCUCUGGUGCGGCACAUCCCCACUGUGGUGCUAUGAUGAUUGUCACACGCGCGGAACGACGUUGCACUUUAGGCCCAGCCCAGGACUGUAUCUGCAGCCGUAAAGCGUGCUCUUAAAAUCCCUUCAUGAUGACUGUAAAUUUCAGAUUCCUGCUAUUUUUGUUCGGUCGUGGCCAAAUUACAUCGUGGAAAAAGUUGAUUUUUGUAUUUUGGAAGCCUAAAUAUUUGGUCAAGAUGUCUUUACUUUUAGUGACGUCAUACUUCGGUUCAGGCUGACAGUUUUACAUCCAGUAAUCUUUCAGCUUCAUCUCAUCCCACCAGCUCAGGCCUGUCCUCCGUUUUGUACAGUUCCAGUUGUCACUAACAUUGACUUGGAAGAAAUAUGGAAUUCUAAAGCUGCAUUUGUACAUGUGAAUGUAAAUACCGUUGUUGAUUGAAACAAAUUAAAGAUGCAAUAUUGUAAAAAAAAAA